CAACGCUUUGCACCCCGGAGUGCGACGAACUUCACUGAACUCAACGACUCCCUGAAGAAUGUCUUGUAGUACGUAAGGGACAACAGGUACCUACUCCGCUGGCCGGGGCCCAUGCGGGGGCGCGCGAAUGAGCAGAACUUGGAUAGGUACUGGGAGUUCCGCCGUGAGAGGGGACAUCACACGUCCGACUGCUACCAACUAAAGUCAGAAAUCCAGGGGCUUGUGGAUAGGGGUAUGCUGAACGAAUUCGUAAAGAAGAGAGAGGAUAAGGCACAGCGAACCUUCAUGGCACAGGAGGAGAAGGUGGUGGCGCCCCAAGGGAGCGUUCGCGAGGACAGAACCGGGUGCGGAAAAAGGGAGGCGCCUAGAGAAGGCGAGGAGUUACCUCCACCCCCCCCCUUCGAGGUCGAGCCAGAGACUAAGCCCUCCCGGGUGAGGCUGACCAUCGAGGCCAUCUCCGGCACGAUCGACCUGAGGCAGAAGUUAGAGGAAGGAAGGCGGCUGAAAUCAGUCAUUGCCAGUGCGCACGCGGCCGUGCGGAUUGACUUCAACGAGGCUCCCGAGGAGGUGUGUCGUGUCCCGUCAGUCGAAGCUUUGGAGAUCAGAGGAGUGGCGGCCGGGUGUGAAGUGAAAAGGAUGCUGGUGGACACAGGAAGCUCGAUGGAUGUACUAUUCCGGUCCACUUUUGAGAAGAUGCAGCUGUCGCCUAACAUCGUGAGGCUGGCCGACAAGGUACUGGUCUGAUUUUUGGGGGUACCGGCGCGAGUCUUUGGGCGCGUGCGCUUGCCAGUGAUGCUAGGAGAGGAGGAGCACAGGGUUAUGCAUACCGUUGACUUUGGCAUCGUAAAUUGUCCCUCUAACAGGCCGACACGGAGCGGGCGCGGGGAUAGUGGUCAUCAAUCCCAUGGGUCCUAUUCAUGAGAUGGCGCUCCGGUUCUCGUCGUUAAAAACUAACAACGCGGCGGAGUACGAGGCUGUGAUAGCGGGUUUGAAUGUAGCGCGAGAACUAGGGGCGCGAAGGAUUCAGGUCCGCUCUGACUCGGCCUUGGUGAUAAACCAGCUGAACGGUG